UGCAAUUAAACCUGAUUGCACGAUACAAAGAAGAAAGUUUUCAACAUGAAAAAAAUAUCAUUUUGUGUUUUAAUUUUUGUGAAUUUUCUAUUCGUUUCCGCUAAUGUUUCGGGGUAUAGGAGUUACAAGAAUUAUAAAUGUUUUAACGUUCAAGGUGAUAGAUUAAGAAUAGAACGAUUACGACAUGCGUUACAGGAAAGUGAUGAGACUCUCACUUACGCCGACACUAGAGACGGCGGUGAAUUUAUCGUGGCGCCUCAUUUAGAAGAUUUAUUCAACAAAAUAGUCACACAAGAAAAUCUGAAGACUACAGUGGUCUAUGAUGAUAUAUCUAAAAUAAUACAAUCAGAAAAAUCUCUUCUACGGGGUAGUAAAGAGUUUUCAUGGACUGCAUAUUAUGACAUAGACGAUAUAUAUAAAUACUUGACCAAUAUGAGUAAAUCUUAUCCGAAUUUGUCUGAGCUAAUUGUCGGAGGCAAAACGUAUCAGGGUCGGUCCAUAUUAGGACUUCGUAUCAACACACCUUCACAAGAAUGUACACCGAAACCUGUUAUAUUUAUUGAGUCAGGGAUUCACGCUAGAGAAUGGAUAGCACCUGCGACCACUACGUACUUUAUUAAGGAGUUGUUAACAAGCAAGGAUGCGAACAUAACAGCACUGAGGGAUCAGUUCGAUUGGCGUAUCUUCCCAUCUGUAAAUCCGGACGGUUAUCACUACAGUUAUACCGUGGACCGACUUUGGCGAAAGACAUUAUCAAGAUCUACUAACAGAUGCUUCGGUGCUGAUCCGAACAGGAAUUGGAAUUACAAUUGGGGACAGUACUCAUCAACGCACAAUCCCUGCGACUAUCAGACGUAUGCGGGUUCUCGUCCGUUCUCUGAGAUAGAAACACGUACCCUAGCGGCCUACAUACAGAGCAUCGACAACAUGAUGGCCUACAUCAGCUUCCAUUCGUACGCCGCCAUGCUUCUACUGCCGUACUCUGAUUCUACACAACAUGUGCACAAUUACGACGACUUGGUUAAAGUUGGUAAAUCAUCGCUUGAUUACGGUUACAAAGUUAACCAAGAUAAAAGAUAUCAGGGGCCGGGAACUGCCGCUGAAAUACUCUACAAAGCGUCAGGUGGAAGUAUGGAUUGGGUACGUCAUGCUUUAGGGACUCCUCUAGUGUUCACAUACGAGCUGCGAGGAAACUCCUUCCACUGGCCUCCCUCCAGGAUACAAGAACAAGGAGAUGAGGUGACACAAAUGAUGCUAGGACUGGUGACGGAGGCGAAUAAACUGGGAUAUUACUGAUGGCAUUAUUUAAGUAAUAUGUUUUGUUAAUAAAGUUAAUAGAAAUAA